GCGUACAACAGGCCCUCUUUUCACAUUUGUCUGCUAAAUCGACGAUCAAGGUCUUUGUAACUCUCUUAAUCGUUUGUCAAUUGUUUAAAAAUGUUUUCUUACUGGAGCAAAAAAAGUAUUCCAAGCAAAGUUGAAAUUAUAGAGUCGGAAAAAAAAUUUUCCAUAAGCGAAAAUACUUUACCAACAGGAGUUGAAAUGGAAAGGCAGAAAAUGGUACAGCCGACUGUUGAUAAGCAUGCCCUGGAGUUUCAAGAUUUUCUGAGGCGCGUUCAAACGUUACAAAUGUCACACAUUGGGGCAAACGAAAAACAAGAUUUUACUGCCCAUCGGUCCAAUUUACGUAGUUCCAUGGCUAUUGAAGUCGGAGAGGAACCGCCGACUAUACAACCAACUGAUAAUAUUGGUAAAGCAUGUUCUGCAUCAGUUCUAAGUUCAACUGAAUGUGAUAAUAUGCCUUCGGCUACUACAAAUAUUAGAGUAACUGUUGGUAUCGACAAAGAUUUAGAAAUGAUUCUCGAAAUGGAUCCAAGUAUUGUAGAUUUAGGAGAUAUUAGCAUUGCAGAAACAACAGAACCGCGGAUAGUGGGUUUACCUCCACUUUCGGGUGGACCAACAUUUAAAACUGCCACCCCCACUUCACGAACCCAACUGAAACUUCAGUUACAAAGGGAGCAACAUCAACAGCAGCAGCAGCAAAUGAUACAGCAACAGACCCUGGGUUCGCCAGACUCGAAAAUGCACCUAUUGUUUGGCAAUGCACAGGGAUCCAUGGAAUCGGAAUUCAUUGACAGCGGUAGUACCAGCGCAUGUGGCAGCGGGUCAUCUAGUUUAGAACAAAUGUCCCAAUUAGUGCAAAUUGAUAAUUUAAUUGACACGUCAAGUGCAGUUAAACUUAAAGUUCCUCUUCAAAGUAUUGGUGUAGAUGUGCCUCCCCAAGUACUGCAGGUCAGUACAGUUCUUGAAAACCCGACCAGGUAUCACGUUAUUCAAAAGCAAAAGAAUCAAGUAAGACAAUAUCUUAGCGAAUCCUUUAAGCCAUCUAUGUGGAGUUGCCAUAACAGCGAUAUUAAAAUGGCAAAUAACUCUGCUUCAACUGGUAAUCUUCAAAGUGCGUCAAUAGAUAAAAGUCUUCCAUCGGAGCGUACAAACAGUUUUGGGUGCGAUACGGCGAAUAGUGCUAAAAGAAAUAUGCAUUCUGAUGACCCAAUGCCAAUUUCGUCCUUCGGAACCACUUUUUCAAGAAGUGAUAACCUAAAUCCCAAUAUUGACCAAGUUUCUGGAGAGUCAGCCAUGUCACAAAAAAACAACCAAUUAGGAUUUGUUAAAGCUCAUUCAGGCCAAAAUUCUUCAACACGACCUUCUGCAGGAAUGAUUAAUUCAAUAAGAAUAUCCAGCACAGCAAGUUCGUUACAGAGUACUUCAGCUCCCAUUUCACCUAGCCUAAGCUCAGUUGCGACCAGUGCCUCGGAGCUACCAUCAUUUGACAGCGAUCCAGAUGACCUUUUUGAUGAUAUUUUGCAAAAUGAAUCGUUUAAUUUUGAUAAAAACUUUAAUUCUGAGCUUUCGAUUAAACAGGAGCCCCAAAAUUUAACUGAUGCUGAAAUUAAUGCUAUGGCAAAAGAUAGACAAAAGAAGGAUAACCACAAUAUGAUUGAGCGAAGGCGCCGUUUUAAUAUCAAUGACAGAAUCAAAGAGCUCGGUACGCUUUUGCCAAAGGGUAGUGAUGCAUUUUACGAAGUUGUUCGUGACAUUCGUCCAAACAAAGGGACAAUCCUAAAGUCCUCUGUUGACUAUAUAAAAUGUUUGAAACAUGAGGUGACCCGUUUAAGACAAAAUGAGUGUCGUCAACGUCAAGUGGAGUUGCAAAAUCGAAAACUUAUGUCUCGAAUAAGGGAGUUGGAAAUGCAGGCGAAGUCCCACGGAUUUUCUUUAUCAGACUACCACUUAACAUCAGUUUCGGCGCCAGCACAAGCCAACGCAUAUCUUAAAGGUUCAAGUCUGUCUCCUGUUUCUCGAAGUCGUCGAUCACUUUAUGACUUACCUCUUGAAAAAAAAAUACAAGGUCUGAACAGUAACGAUGUUAAUAUGGGAAUGAAUCAGAUCGAUGAACUCAUGGAGGAUUGCAAGCAUCCAGUACAAGGUGGCGAUCCGAUGUUGUCAUCCCAUAGUCACAUGCUAUCCGCUCCAGAGUCACCAUCAACAAAGGAAUUAAAUUGUGCGAGCUUUGAACCAAAGAUUGUCUCAGAUGUUGCUGAUGUAGCCCUUUUUAGAGGAAACUCAAAUUUAGUAGGAGAUGACUGUUGCAGUACUUCAUGCUAUAUUCAGCACCAGGCAACACACGAGGAUCACCGAAAUCAUUGCCACCACCCUAGUAUACGCGGCAUUCACAAUUUAUCUGAUUCAGUUCAAAACUCUGAUUUUGGUAGACUGGAACAUUGUGAAGAUCCGCUGUUGUCAUCGUCCCGAAGGUCUCUAGGUACAGUAGACGAUGAUCCACAUAGUGCUGUUGAUAUGUCUGCGGCGAUGAUAAAUGACUCACUAUCCUCUUUGGUGGAUGACAAUCACAGUGAGCCCAUGCUUCUCACUCCUGAUACCUUAGAUAUUGACUUGUAAACUUACAAAAUUUUAAAUUUAUGUAGAAACACACAGAAUUGCUUUGAUUAAUUUUUUUAGGUAUAUUUUUAAAGUUGAAGUCUUAAAUUUUGAAAUUACUAAAGACUUCCAGCCCUUACGAACUUUGUUUUGAAUGAAACCGUCGUCAAUAUUAUUAUGUUUUUUUUUUCACAUAAUUAUUCAAGUUCGUUAGUUAAUAUGCUAAUAUGAUCGCAUUCUAAACUAAAAUGUAGCCUGUAAUCGGUAUAACCGCAAAAAUUAUAGCAUAUUUGUUACUUAAGUUUUCAUAAUAGGAAACUUGUUGACUGAGGAAUAAAAUUAAUAAAUACUUAAAUUCGAAAACGGUACAUAGGCAUAAACAAAAAUGAUUGAAAUAUAAAAUCCAGUUUGUAAUAUAAAUACUAAAAAACACAAUUUUGUUCUGGCCAUGGAAAUUUUAUACACUCAAGUCUUUUAAUUUCAAAAUCAAAUAAGUCAUUUCAGCUAAAAUUACUUUUUGUCUUCAUCAUUUUCUAAUACGCCGCUUCGAUUAAAUUAUUGUGAUAAAUAUUUGUAUUACAAUUCACAAAUGUAUUAUGUAAAAAGUAAGAGUUAGAUUACAAUUUAAAAAAAAAAUGUUAUUUCCUCGACAUCUUUUCGUUAUACUACGUUUGUUGGAAUUAUGUUAGGUUAAUAUGUGUAACUUAAAUUAAAAUAAAGCGACAUGUCAUUGUAUUUUAAAUACAAACAAGAAAGAAAGCUUAA